ACUGCAGUCGCCCUCUAAGGCCCAUGACCUGCCGUAUCCUGCUGACACUGCCAGCUCCAUCGCCACAGAGGAAGGAGGGUCGACGAACAACUCGGCUGGAGCUAUAGUGACAUCCACAGCUGUAGCCGCAGCACCCAUCCCACCUGACCACAUAGAGGACUGCAGUGUCACGGCCUUGACAGUAGACAUCAACUCAAAUCAAGAAGUAGACGAAAAAGCCAGCGAGAGAGGGGAAACAUCCGAUUAUUCAGCUCAUGCUGGAGAUGUGGCUUCGGUCGUCUCAGGAGACCCUCAGACUCAGAACUACCAGAACUUAUUGUUGAAAGCUGAUCUGGAAUCAGUGACUGGAUUACAGGACCAUCGUCUCAGUACCUCGGAGUCGGAUUUCCCUGUUUGGGUCCUGCGGGAGGACAGUCCUCGGACAAUGAUGAACAAGGACAAUCAACAGCCACUAGCGGGGACACCAACCAUCGCCACCAACCCAGCACCCCCCUCUCAAGCUUAUUCUGCAGCACCACGAGUAAGCUUCCUGCACCCAGCAGAAGGAUCCGUGCCCGACACCCACGGGCCCAAGGCCACUGAGAUGGAGAUGGACAAGCCAAGCCAGAAGCCUUUCCACCAGGCCCAGGCCCCAGCACCAGCACCUACCCAACCCAACUUGGCUCCCAGCCCCCAUUGCCACAGCAGCACUAACAGUUGGGUUAGCAGUGUAAAGCAGAAGGAGGCUGGUGAGAAGCCAAGAGGUCCACAGAGUGGUUCACAAGUGUUCCUUAGAAGUCCAGAAGAGCGCAAGACCUUUCUGUAUGCAGUCAAGGAGAGGUCCUCAAAGGUACCUGGAGACACGUACAGGAACGCAGUGACAAGGAGUCUCUCCACGUCUAUAGCUGUCACUCAACCCAGUGUUGUGACCUCACCGGCUUCUUCUUCAGAGCCUUCUGUGGUGAGCUCAGCUAUGUCAAAACCCACAGUCUCAACAGUUGCUGCUCCAUCCUCUGUGAUCAGUGCUGCUCGUCCCUCCAUGAUAAAGCCUAUUCCAGCUCAGAAGGCUGAAACGUUUGUUUGGGUUAACAGCUCGUCUUCACACGCUCAAAGUGUUGCGAAGGCCAAGUACCAGUUUCUCUUUGGAAAAGGAGACGAGACCAGCUCUACUGAAAGCGUUUCAGCAUCAACCUCUCACGUCUUAGCGGACGAGGGGAGUAGUAGCACCAGUCUAGACGCCUGUCUCCAGGACGAUGACAUCGAUGAAACCUCGCUGUUCCUGGAGAUCGACCGUGAGCUGGCCAACCUGCUGAGCGGCCUCAGCGCAAGGAGCCAGAAUGCUCCAGCCGCCCACACUCAACCUGAGGACAGCCUACACCCAGCGGACAGUAGUGAACAGCAGAGCGCAGCCAUCAUGAUCCCCUGUAGCGGUCAAAAUGGGGCCUCGCAGGAUGUGGCCAGCCGGACCUCAGAGAGAAACGGUGAGGGGGAGGAGACCAAUGUGGACCUGGACAUGUCUGACCUGGGCCUUGUUCCACCGGGAGACCCACUCCUCUCGCCCACCUUCCUCCUGGACUCGUGGACGGAGGCGCUGCUGAAAGAUACGGCUUCCCUGAGCUCCGCGGCCCAGAAGGCCUUGGGCGUCUCCACCGUGGCGGCUGAGGUAAACGGAGACUUCAGGAAUGCGCCCGCUGCGAACUGCCAAGAAAAAACAAGUGCCGGCCUGACAGCUGCUGCAUUCACAUCUGGGCCAUGCUCAGGGGCGGGUGUGGUACCCGUGGUGGACCAUUCUGAACCUCCCAGGAGGGGUUCAGAGGCAGCGACCGAGCCUGCCGGAGGGGGGCUGCUCCUGGACGAGGAGUCCCUGGAGGAGUCCAGUAAAAUCCUGGCCGAGAUCCCAGGCAUCUUCACCGCCUUCCUAGAUGGGGGCCAGCUGAGGGAGAAGCCCCCUAAGAAACUGCGAUUUGCGGAGAGCCGGCCAGGGAGCACGACGACGGUGGUGGCGGCGACAGACGUUUGUGGUCAGAUGGGACAUGAGCGAGGUAGUGAGGACUCGGAGAAGGGACUGGAGGGAGGUAGGAGCUGCAGCAGUCUGAAGGUAGAGAGCUCUGUGGACAGUCCUCUAGAGAGACUCCCCUGCCGGCUGUCCCUGGAGGACGAGGUGUUCCGGGUGCUCCCUGACAUAUUUCUGCACCAGAGUCCUGAUGGAGACGCGGCACAGGAGCCCAGCUCAGAUAGGAGUACGAAGACCAAUGGCAGCGAGGACCCGUCGGAUAACCGGGAUGGCAAGGAGACAUCGGAGAGCCAGGAGGCCACCGACGUCUUCAGCUCGCAGUUCGAGAGCAUCCUGGAGUCAGACCGUUUUCGUAGCACCCUUUACAGCAGCCUGGACUCUCUGGAUGCCCUAUCUUCCUCGGCUGACGACGAGGCGGACUCGGGCUUCACUUUCGACAUGCCCCUUACUCCCAUGAUCCAGCAACGCCUCAAGGAGACGGGCCACUUCGUGGAGUUGUUGCCCGACGCGGGGCGCCAGCGGGAGCGCCAGGAGCUACUCAGCGUCACGACCACGGGGAAGGGCGGGAAAGCCGCCCUGGAAGUGACGUCUUCCUACCUAGAGGAGGUGGUAGCGAGUGGGGACCCCGCUUUCAGCGGCCAAUCAGAUAAACAUUCCAGCGGACCCUUGGCCAAUGGGGUGGAGCGGGACCCAAAGGACUGGCUGCACGGCUGCCUGAGCAGUGAUGCAGGGCUGAAGACGGCGCUGUCGGACUGGGACUCAGACAUGGGCAGCACGGAGCGGCUGAAGGACAGCACGGACACACUGCUCAAUGGAAACCGAGGAGACCAAGAGGGGGCCCAGCGCCUCGCACGACGGCUCUACCACCUGGAGGGCUUUCGCCGCUCCGACGUGGCCAAGCACCUGGGAAAGAACAAUGACUUCAGCAAGAUGGUUGCUGAAGAGUACCUUACAUUUUUUGAAUUUACAGGGAUGACAUUGGACCAAUCUCUCAGAUCUUUCUUGAAAGCUUUUGCACUAAUAGGCGAAACCCAGGAGAGAGAAAGGGUUUUGAUCCACUUUUCCAAUAGGUACUAUCAGUGUAACCCCACCGUCAUCUCCUCACAAGAUGGAGCCCAUUGCCUUACAUGUGCUCUGAUGCUGUUGAACACGGACCUUCAUGGCCAUAAUAUCGGGAAGAAGAUGACGUGCCAGGAAUUCAUCAAUAACCUGGAAGGGUUAAAUGGAGGACAAGAUUUCCCCCGAGAGCUCCUAAAGGCCUUGCACAACUCAAUCAAAAACGACAAGCUGGAAUGGGCCAUAGAUGGUGAUGAGCUGAAGAAGUCUCUGUCUGAGCUGGCAGACAACAAGGACAAAAGUAUCACGCGGAUCAGCAGUGGCAGUAACCCCUUCCUGGACAUUGCCCACGACCCCAACGCCGCAGUCUACAAAACAGGCUUCCUGGCCCGCAAAAUCCACGCCGACAUGGACGGCAAGAAAACACCAAGAGGAAAGCGAGGCUGGAAAACAUUCUAUGCUGUUCUCAAAGGAAUGAUCCUCUACUUGCAGAAGGACGAGUACAAGGCUGAGAAGGCCCUCUCAGAGGAGGACCUAAAGAAUGCCAUCAGCAUCCACCACGCCUUGUCCAUCAAAGCCGUGGACUACGAGAAGAAGCCCAACGUUCUCAAGCUCAAGACAGCCGACUGGAGGGUUUUCCUCUUCCAGGCCCAGAGCCCAGAGGAAAUGGACUCUUGGAUCAGAGUAGUCAACUCUGUGGCAGCCAUGUUCUCUGCCCCCUCGUUCCCCGCCGCCAUUGGCUCUCAGAAGAAAUUCAGCCGUCCACUGCUACCGGCCACCACCACGAGGAUGUCACAGGAGGAACAGCUGAAGUCUCACGAGGCGAAGCUGAAGCACGUCUCCACAGAGCUGGCAGAGCACAGAUCCUACCCUCCUGACAAAAAGGUUAAAGCCAAGGAGAUCGACGAGUACCGACUCAAAGAGCACUACCUGGAGUUUGAGGUAAGACAUCACCAUUCACCACAGAUGUGCACUGGCAGAGGGUUGGUUGGGCGAGGCCAGGCCAGGCAGCAGGUUGCUGCCAGUCAUCGUCCAAAUUCUCUGGUUCGUAUGGUCUUUUCUUUUAUGCCGCUUCACUCUUGUUUCGUUCUGCAUCUAGCCCUUCGGAACACUGAUCCGUGCGGAAACCGACAGUUUCUGACAUGCCUCCAGGCAGACUGCUGGGGAAGUCUCUGACAACCUUAAUGGAGCUUUGCUUUUCUUAUCUGCCAGGCUCAGGAGUGCAUCUCUCUCAGCCCUGCUCUCUAUUCUGAACACGGGCGUGUCCUUAGGUCAAGAUUCCAAGGAUAUCACCAAAGAUGGAUAGAAACAUUUGAGAAGUCAUUGCAGCAGUAGCUGCUUGAAAGGUCAUUCUUGGCGUUUGUUUCCCGGAUUUAAAGUAGAGUGUCUAUGGUCGACGUACAGUAUGCAUCUAUCACUGUUUAGGGGGUGGCUGUACCGGCAAGCUUAACGAGAGCAUAUGUAAAAGGAACUCUCUGACCUCUAUUGUCAUGGCGUUACAAUAUAGAGCUCAGACAAACGUCCAUUAAAAUGUCAUUUCAAUGUCGUCCCUUGAGCUCAUUUAUGCUGGUGAACACAAAUCUAUUUAUUUAAAUGAGUCUUAAACAUUGAUUAUGGAUAAAUAAUAUAUAUAUUUUUUUUUUUUCUUCUGAGAAAGCAUUAGUUUGACAUGCUUCUCGUCAGUGUCAGCAAUUAUUCCAUCACAGCUUUCCUCUGGCCUUCCUCAAUUUCCAUGUCAUAGGUUUCUAAUGAACCCCACGAAAGCCCUGUAUUAAUUGAGCUGUGACUAUAGCACUGUUUUCCAAUCAAACUUCUGCAGGAGAAGACACGACCUCAUCAAUAACCUUCUUCAUUGAGCAAAUUGUUUGUUUUUUUGUUUGUUUUUUUCAUCAAAGAAACAGCGCUUUCUUGAAGUACCAGAUAAUCAAUUAAAUUGUGUGCUCCCUUUGUGCAAAACAUCAUAGGAAUAAUGAUAUCCUCCUGGCUUUACCACUGCCUGCGGAGCUUUACCACUCUACUACUCUACACCCCCGCCUGUCGCGCCAAAUGGCAUCCUCUAUAUAGUGCACUACCCUUUGGGCCCUGGUCAAAAGCAGUGCACUAUAAAGGGUGUCAUUUAGGACGUAGACCCUGUUUACACAGGGAGCAAUGUGGUCAGAUCUCUGAGUAAGGUUCAGACAUACAGGUCAGGCCCCUCAGAUCCUGAACCCUAACCCUCAGCUCCUUAACCCUCAGAACUUUUUCUUAAAUCUGUUAAUGGUUGAUUGCAGUCUUUUUACUGUGUCCAGCCCACAAUCGCCAAAACAAAAGCUAGAGAGAGCGGGCAUAGACAGUCACAGGCAUACCUCUGUGAAUGACAUUCAUCAAGCACAGCACUUACACAAAUCAUUCACUAAACCCUAACCCUCAGCUAAAUCUUGUAAUGAAUCAUGUGGAAAUUUAGCAAGUUUAGGAGAUAUGUUCAUAACAUAUUGAUAAACAGUAGCUAGGCUGGGGAGAAGUCUGUUCAUAAUAACAGCACCGUCAACAAGGCAGGUCCUAGUUUUGUUGCACCUGGUUUACUGUUCAGCCAUGUGGUCAGGUGCCACAAAGAGGGACUUUGCAAUUGGCACAGGACAGCACGGCUGGCCCUUGCAUUUACACAGGCAGCUGAUAUUAAUAGUAUGCAUGUCAAUCUCUCCUGGCUCAAAGUGAGGGAGGGUUUGACUUCAUCACUACUUGUGUUUGUGAGAGGUAUUGCCAUGUUUAAUUCACCGACCUGUCUGUCUGAACUACUGGCACACGCAGCUCAGACCCUCAUUUAUACCCCAGACAUGCCACCAGAGGUCUCUUCACAGUCCCCAAGUUGACUAUGGGAGCCGAACAGUACUACAUAGAGCCAUGACUGUAUGAAGAUGGCGUCGGAGGGGGAUGGCUGCAGUCUUAUUGGCUCUUACCAAUCGUACUAUUUUUGUUUUUGUUUUUUGCAUUAUUCGUAACUAGUUUUGUACAUAAUGUUGCUGCUACUGUCUCUUAUGACCGAAAAGAGCUUCUGGACAUCAGAACUGCGAUUACUGACCUCAGAUUAGACCGUUUUUCUUAAAGGAGUCUGACAGGAGGGUGAUACUAGACACCCGACCAGGCCCUCAUCCCCGUCAUUCGCUGAAGGAAAUAUAUAUUUUGCGGAAAAAGAUUAGGGUGGCUUACGAGGAUCAGGUGACGAGUGGCUAAUCUGCCUUUGCCUUCCGUCCUGCUAGCUAACAUUCUAUCGCUGGAAAAUAAAUGGGACGAACUGAAAGCACGUAUAUCCUACCAACGGGACAUUAAAAACUGUAAUAUCUUAUUUUUCACUUAGUCAUGGCUGAAUGACGACAUUAAGAAAAUGGUGUAUAACCCACCAACUCUAUCGGCAGGAUAGAACAGAAACCCACACUGGGCGGGGGCCUAUGCAUUUAUGUAAAGAGCUGGUGCAUGAUAUCUAAGGCAAGUCUCGAGGUUUUACUCACCUGAGGUAUAAUAUCUCAAGCUGUAGACCACAUCUGCCUAGAGAGUUCAUCUGUAUUUUUCGUAGCUGUCGACAUAACACCACAGUCUGAAGCUGGCACUAAAACUGCACUCAAUGAACUGUAUACCGCCAUACGCAAACAGGAAAACACUCGAGACGGCGCCCCUAGUGGCCGAGGGACUUUAAUGCAGGGAAACUUAAAUCAGUUUCAUCUAAUUUUUAUCAGCAUAUUAAAUGUGCAGCCAGAGGGAAAACAAUUCUAGACCACCUUUACUCCACGAACAGAGAUGCGUACAAAGCUCUCCCUCGCCCUCCAUUUGGCAAAUCUGACCAUAACUCUGUGCUCCUGAUUCCUGCUUAAGAGCAAAAAUGAAAGCAGGAAGCCCCAAUAACACCAGCGACAAAAAAUAUAUAUUUUUUAAAAAGUAGUCAGAUGAAGCAGAUACUAAACUACAGGACUGUUUUGCUAGUACGGAGUGGAAUAUGUUCUGGGAUUCUUCCAAUGGCAUUAAGGAGUACACGUCAGUCACUGGCUUUAUCAAUAAGUGCAUCGAGAACGCAUACCCCAACCAGAAGCCACAGAUUGCAGGCAACAUUCGCGCGGAGCUAAGGGUAGAGCUGUCGCUUUCAAGGAGCGGUACUCUAACCCGGAAGUUUAUAAAAAAUCCUGCUAUGUCCUCUGAUGAACCAUCACAGGCAAAACAUCAAUACAGGACUAAGAUCGAAACGUACUACACAGGCUCCGACGCUCGUCGGAUGUGGCAGGGCUUGCUUUAUUAUACUAUAUAGGGAAGUACAGCCGAGAGCUGCACAGUGACAUGAGCCUACCAGGCGAGCUAAAUAACUUCUAUGCUCGCUUCGAGGCAAGUAACACUGAAACAUGCAUGAGAACAUCAGCUGUUCCGGAUGACUCUGUUAUCACGCUCUCCGCAGCCGAUGUGAGAAAGACCUUUAAACAGGUCAACAUUCACAAGGCCGCUGGGCCAGACUGAUUACCAGGACGUUUUCAAUCUCUGCCUGUCUGAGUCUGUAAUACCAACAUGAUUCAAGCAGACCAAUAUAGUCCCUGUGCCCAAGAACACUAAGGUAACCUGCCUAAAUGACUACCGACCUGUGCAUUCACGUCUGUAGCUAUGAAAUGCUUUGAAAAGCUGGUCAUGGCUCACAUCAAAACCAUUAUUCCAGAAACCCUAGACCCGCUCCAAUUUGCGUACCAAAUCCACAGAUGACGCAAUCUCUACUGCACUCCACACUGCCCAUUCACCCCUGGACAAAAGGAACACCUAUGUGAAAAUGCUAUUCAUUGACUACAGCUCAGCGUUCAAUACCGUAGUCCCCUCAAAGCUCGUCACUAAGCUAAGGAUCCUGGGACUAAACACCUCCCUCUGCAACUGAUCCUGGACUUCCUGACGGGCUGCCCCCAGGUGGAAAGGGUAGGUAACAUCACAUCCGCCACACUGAUCCUCAGCACGGGGGGCCCCUCAGGGGUGCGUGCUCAGUCCCCUCCUGUACUCCCUGUUCACUCAUGACUGCACGGCUAGGCACGACUCAAACAUCAUGAAGUUUGCUGAUGACACAACAGUGGUAUGCCUGAUUACCGACAACAAUGACAGCCUUUAGGGAGGUGUUCAGAGGCCUGACCGUGUGGAAAGACAACAUCCUCUCCCUCAACAUGAUCAAGACAAAGGAGAUGAUUGUGUACUGCAGGAGGAGGAUGACUGAGCACGCCCACAUUCUCAUUAAUGGGGCUGUAGUGGAGCAGGUUGAGAGUUUCAAGUCCCUUGACUUCCACAUCAUCAACAAACUAACAUGGUCCAAGCACACCAAGACAGUCGUGAAGGGCACAACACAAACCUAUUCCCCCUCAGGAGACUGAAAAUAUUUGGUAUGCGUCCUCAGAUCCUCAAAAGGUUUUACAGCUGCACCAUCGAGCAUCCUGACGGGUUGCUUCACUGCCUGGUAUGGCAACUUCUCAGCCUCCAACCGCAAGGCAUUGCAGAGGGUAGUGCGUACGGCCCAGUACAUCACCGGGGCCAAGCUUCCUGCCAUCCAGGACCUCUAUACCCGGCGGUGUCAGAGGAAGGCCCUAAAAAUUGUCAGACUACAGCCACCCUAGUCAUAGAUUGUUCUCUCUGCUACCGCACGGCAAGUGGUACCGGAGCGCCAUGUCUAGGUCCAAGAGGCUUCUCAACAGCUUCUACCCCCAAGCCGUAAGACUCCUGAACAGCUAAUCAAAUGGCUAUCCAGACUCUUUGCAUUCCCCCCCCACCCUCUUCUACUCUGUUGGUAUCUAUGCAUAGUCACUUUAACUCUACCUACAUGUACAUAUUGCCUUGACACCGGUGCCCCCGCACAUUGAUUCUGUACCGGUAACCGUGAAGCAACACAAACAUAGGCACAUGCAUACAAACACACAAUAACAUACUCACUAUACACACAUACACAUGGAUUUUUUUGUUGUAGAUAUGUGGUACUAGAGUAGGGGCCUGAGGGGGCACACUUAAAUGUUGGGAAAUCUGUUGUGAAUGUUUUGAUGUUUCUUUUUUAAUGUAUUACUGCCUUAGUUUUGCUGGACCCCAGGAAGACUAGCUGCCUCCAUAAUAAAUACAAAAAUCAAGCACUGCCUUUUAAGCUAGCUCUACCUCUGUGAAACACUACCGUAAUCAAUGAGCUAGCUCUACCUCGGUGAACCACUACCGUAAUCAAUGAGCUAGCUCUACCUCUGUGAAACAUUACCGUAAUCAAUGAGCUAGCUCUACCUCGGUGAACCACUACCGUAAUCAAUGAGCUAGCUCUACAUCGGUGAAACACUACUGUAAUCAAUGAGCUAGCUCUACCUCGGUGAAACACUACUGUAAUCAAUGAGCUAGCUCUACCUCGGUGAAACACUACUGUAAUCAAUGAGCUAGCUCUACCUCGGUGAACCACUACUGUAAUCAAUGAGCUAGCUUAUACUUCUGUAACACUACCGUAAUCAAUGAGCUAGCUCUACCUCUGUGAAACACUACUGUAAUCAAUGAGCUAGCUUAUACCUCUGUGAAACACUACCGUAAUCAAUGAGCUAGCUAUACCUCUGUGAAACACUACCGUAAUCAAUGAGCUAGCUCUACCUCUGUGAAACACUACUGUGAUCAAUGAGCUAGCUCUACCUCUGUGAAACACUACCGUAAUCAAUGAGCUAGCUUUACCUCUGUGAAACACUACCGUAAUCAAUGAGCUAGCUCUACCUCUGUGCCGAAGGAAAAGUAUUUUUUCACCUACAGUAUCCAAAAAGUCUGCAUGAGAUGGCAUUACUCACACUUUACAUGUUAUGUCCUGUUGUAGUAUGAAGGUAUGAACAGAUCAUUUUUAACCUAUGGGCCCUGGGCGAUAAGAUCAACGGCCCCUUCACCUUGUUCUCAGGUUGAAGCAUUGAAGACUGUUGUGGCAGGAGAGUCCUGGUCGACACACCGGCUACAUUAACCUCCCAACUGCCCCUUCACUCCCGAUCCGCACCAUGUCAGAGCAGACCCCUCCCCAACCACAGGGAAAUGAAUGCGCUAAUUGGUCAAGGAAUGAUCUGGAUGCAAAGCCAAGGAGAUCUCUUUUUAGAUCUACGGUAGAUCUAGUUAUAUGUACUUUAGUUUUCUAAUGUAUUUCUUUUAUAUAUUGGUAUUCCAUUAGUACAAGCUUGGCAUGCAGGUGGGGGUGACGGUCAGCGACGGUAUUGAAUUAGUAAUCAGCAGGGUUAAGAGGAUUUAGUGGUGGGCCAGGACGAUCUGAGAACCAAGUCCACCUCUCUGCCACACUUCUGCUAUUCCAGUUUAGUUCAUUAUUACUCCAUUUUAGCAGAGUUCUUCUACCACAGGGAGAUAUGAUAAAGAACAAUUAAACAUUCAUGACAAACUCAUUAAUUCUGUUGUCGAUCUCCAAUGAAUCCUUCCCUGAAUUAAUAGAAUUAUCUUUAAUCAGAGAGAGAGAACAGAAACGUUCUCCCCUGGCCCCUCUCCACUGUAAGGCUCUUAACAUCUCAGAAAUACUUUGAACUGUUUCAUACUACAGAAGAACAUGUCUCUGGGGUUGUUGCUAUCUGUGUGUUAGUCUGUCUCCCUGGAAUUGUUGUGUCACAUAGAACCUUAAAGAAAUGAUGAGAGAAUGCUGCAGUCACUCGAAUUGCAGAUAUAUCUGUUUCUCUGGUUAAACAAGGAACACAUCCUGGAAUGUGGAGACUUACAGCACUGGGACACAACCUUGACUGGAUGCCCUUUCUUGUUGUUUACAGUGCACACCAUUUGUUGUAAUGAAUUGCCUUAUCGACCUGUGAUUUCACCUCUUAAUCCUGUGGUAAGUAGGGGUCCAAGCACUGCAAAAGGGAUGCCGAGAAACAAUGAACUUGAAUAAGGUUGUUACCUUAACAUAGAUGCUGACAUUUAACACCAUAGUACCCUCCAAACUUGUCAUUAACUCUUGAGUCUCAAUCCCGCCCUGUGCAACUGGGUCCUGGACUUCCUAACGGGCCACCACCAGGUGGUGAGGGUAGGAAACAUCUCCACCCCGCUGAUCCUCAACACUGGGACCCCACAAGGGUGCGUUCUCAGCCCUCUCCUGUACUCCCUGUUCACCCAUGACUGUGUGACCAUGCACACCUCCAACUCAAUCAAGUUUGCAGGCGACACUACAGUGGUAGGCUUGAUUACCAACAACGACGAGAUGGCCUACAGGGAAGAAGUGAGGGCCCUCGGAGUGUGUUGUCAGGAAAAUAACCUCGCACUCAACGUCAACAAAACAAAGGAGAUGAUUGUGGACUUCAGGAAACAGCAGAGGGAGCACUCCCCUAUCCACGGAACAGUAGUGGAGAAGGUGGAAAGUUUUAAGUUCCUUUGCGUACACAUCACUGACAAACUGAAAUGGUCCACCCACACAGACAGUGUGGUGAAGAAGGCACAACAGCGUCUCUUCAACCUCAGGAGGCUGAAGAAAUUUGGCUUGUCACCAAAAACACUCAAGAGCAUCCUGUCGGGCUGUAUCACCGCCUGGUAUGGCAACUGCUCCGCCCACAAACGUAAGGCUCUCCAGAGGGUAGUGAGGUCUGCACAACGCAUCACCGGGGGAAACUGCUCUCCAGGACACCUACACCACCCGGUGUCACAGGAAGGCCAAAAAGACCAAGGACAACAACCACCCGAGCCACUGCCUUUUCACCCCUCUAUCAUCCAGAAGGCGAGGUCAGUACAGGUGCAUCAAAGCUGGGACCGAGAGACUGAAAAACAGCUUCUAUCUCAAGGCCAUCAGGCUGUUAAACAGCCAUCACUAACAUUGAUUGGCUGCUGCCAACAUACUGACUCAAUAUCUAGCCACUAAUAAUAAAAAAAUGGAUGUAAUAAAUGUAUCACUAGUCACUUUAAACAAUGCCACUUUCUAUAAUGUUUACAUACCCUACACUACUCAUCUCAUAUGUAUAUACUGUACUCUAUUCCAUCUACUGCAUUUUGCCUAUGCCGUUCGGCCAUAUUUUCAUCUACAUAUUCUUAUUCAUUGCUUUACACUUGUGUAUAAGGUAGAUGUUGUGAAAUUGUUAGAUAUUAGAUAUUACUGCAAGGUCGGAACUAGAAGCGCAAGCAUUUCGCUACACUCGCAUUAACAUCUGCUAACCGUAUGUAUGUGACAAAUAAAAUUAGAUUUUGACAUUGUUAGUGCUAUAAUCAGCACAUGAUUAUUUAACUUGUUUGGUUGUCAUGAUAUUUGGCAGACUUGUAGAGAGGCAUGAGAGGGAAUCAUUCAAUGGAUAUGUGAUCAGGCCAGAGGGGGCGAUAUCAUUCAAUGGAUAUGUGAUCAGGCCAGAGGUCGCGAUAUCAUUCAUUGGAUAUGUGAUCAGGCCAGAGGUGGCGAUAUCAUUCAAUGGAUACGUGAUCAGGUCAGAGGUGGCGAUAUCAUUCAAUGGAUAUGUGAUCAGGUCAGAGGUGGCGAUAUCAUUCAAUGGAUAUGUGAUCAGGUCAGAGGUGGCGAUAUCAUUCAAUGGAUAUGUGAUCAGGUCAGAGGUGGCGAUAUCAUUCAUUGGAUAUGUGAUCAGGUCAGAGGUGGCGAUAUCAUUCAAUGGAUAUGUGAUCAGGCCAGAGGUGGCGAUAUCAUUCAUUGGAUAUGUGAUCAGGCCAGAGGUCGCGAUAUCAUUCAUUGGAUAUGUGAUCAGGUCAGAGGUCGCGAUAUCAUUCAAUGGAUAUGUGAUCAGGCCAGAGGUGGCGAUAUCAUUCAAUGGAUACGUGAUCAGGCCAGAGGUGGCGAUAUCAUUCAUUGGAUACGUGAUCAGGCCAGAGGUGGCGAUAUCAUUCAAUGGAUAUGUGAUCAGGCCAGAGGUGGCGAUAUCAUUCAAUGGAUAUGUGAUCAGGCCAGAGGUGGCGAUAUCAUUCAUUGGAUAUGUGAUCAGGCCAGAGGUGGCGAUAUCAUUCAUUGGAUAUGUGAUCAGGCCAGAGGUGGCGAUAUCAUUCAUUGGAUAUGUGAUCAGGCCAGAGGUGGCGAUAUCAUUCAAUGGAUAUGUGAUCAGGUCAGAGGUGGCGAUAUCAUUCAUUGGAUAUGUGAUCAGGCCAGAGGUGGCGAUAUCAUUCAUUGGAUAUGUGAUCAGGUCAGAGGUGGCGAUAUCAUUCAAUGGAUAUGUGAUCAGGCCAGAGGUGGCGAUAUCAUUCAAUGGAUAUGUGAUCAGGCCAGAGGUGGCGAUAUCAUUCAAUGGAUACGUGAUCAGGCCAGAGGUGGCGAUAUCAUUCAAUGGAUAUGUGAUCAGGUCAGAGGUGGCGAUAUCAUUCAUUGCUGUGUUUACCUAUAUUUCUUUAUUAGAAUUUCCAGUGAUAAACCAAAGUAGUUGCUGUAGUUGUUUUCCAUCAUUUCUUGUUCGCCGGUAUAUAAGUCUUACAUGUGUUUGUAUUCUACACCGUAACACCCCAUUCUCUGUUGUCUCUCCGCUGUAGGAGAACCGCUAUGAGAUGUACGUCAAGCUCCUGAGGGAGGGCGUGAAGGAGCUGCUCAUUGGCAAAGAUGGCGACGCGGGCCUCAAGAAGUCCCAGUCCAGCCCCUCUCUCAACCAGGAGGGCCAGCCGGCCGCGGCCAAAGUCAAACGCAACACCUCGGAGAGGAGACCCGAGACGCCGCCCAAGGUCACAUAGGAAGCUACCCCUCCUCGCAAGCCUGUGAAAGAGCCAUGAAUACGCAACAAAAGUGUGUGAAUAUAUUUUAUGUAAUUUAUUUUAUCUGGCCACUGUUGUAACAAAAACAGUUGUGUAAAAUGUAAAUGAUGAAUACUCGUCUUUAAAUUGACUGGCGUAGCAUUUUUGUAUGGAAACAUUGCAUUAUAUGUUUGUGGUCCUUUUAUUUUGAUGUUGAUGUUGUCAUUCUCGUAUUGAACGUAAUAUUUUUUGUGACGCAUUUGACUCUAUUGCUUUAUUCAAUAUCGCUGUAUUGUUCCUUCCUCUCAUAAAAACAAUUUAUUUGCCUUUCAGUCAAGAGAGAGGAUUUUUCUUGUCUCCAGUUUAGUGGAAUUACCAACGCUAGCUCUUGGAUAUAUAAAUAGUAGCUAGAUGUAGAAUAGUCUUACUCAGAAGUUUUUAUUUUGAUAUGUAGUUUAAGUAAACAUUGGACAUAUUGAACCAGUUAAGUUGAGAGUAUUUUACACAAAUAUGGCUUCCAUUGAGAAUAGGCAGGUGAUUUGGACAUCCAAUUUCCUCCCUGCUUUUCCUCAUAGACCUUUUUAAGGUUCCUUUCACCUGGGAAUGUUUAUUUUUCAUACAGAAGAUGCACCAAGGUGUAAAUCCUGGAAAGGGAUUCAUUGUGGAUCUAAAUAAUGUGUUUAUGAUCUUCAAUCUCUUGCCUCUCAUUUACAUCAGGAAUAACAACCCAGAUAAAACAGUCAUGUCCUUAGUUGUGUGGAAGGCUGCACUAUCAUGUUAGAAAACGCAGUUCAAAAGCGUUCCAAUCACUAAUUUUGCACAUUAACAAUUUGGGAUGUUUAAACAUAUUCCCCAGAUUGGGUCAGUCGCAGCUGCAUCCGUAUCUUUUCAGACUGCAGUAUUUCACUGAUGUUGGACUUGAGAUCAGAGUUUAUGCAGCUGAGCCAUUUUAUUUUUUUAUCCUUUAUUGCAAAAAAUAUACUUCUGCUUUUUGAGUAGUGUAAAGACCAAUGCCCCUUGUCUUUUCUAAUCGUAUGUGUUUUAGAUUCUAAGUUGAAAACUAUUGUUGUAAAGAUCAAAUUUAGUAUUUAUAGUGCACUUUAUAAAUGAGUUCUUUUUGGAUAUUAUAGAGAGCUUUAUAAAGGUUAGACUGGUAUGUUUCUUUGACAUCACAGGUUUUUCAGGCAGAACUAUUUUUGUUUUCUUGAAGGUACUUGAGCGCAACAGUUCAGUAGGUUUCCGUCAGCUCAACUCGUAAUGUCGUCUUAGUUUGUUUUAAGUGGUUCGGUAGUUUUGCUGUCCUUGGUAGAUUUGUUGAUUGACAAAGUUUCCUUUUAGGGAACUAUUUAUAGAUCUGUACUUUGCAAUUAUUGCCUUUUUCCAAUGCUGGUGAUAUUACAUUUAUAAUAUAAUUUACACAUUUUCAUUAGAAAUAUUACUGACAUUUGAACGACAUAAGCAUUUAGUUAGACAUUGGAUUGUAUGUCUACACUUCCACAGUGGACUUUUGCAUACCGACAUAUGUUUUGUCCUUACCAAAAGGUUUGCGUUUUUUCAUGUAUUGAAGAUUUUGGAAGGAAUUUAGCUUUUUAACAUGUUAUGAAGAAACAUUUGUAAUGAUGCAAAGCCAAUUUGAAAAUGUACUUGUUUUUGGAAGACAUGAGGCUAGUACCGAGUCUUUACAGUUAAAAAAAUAUAUAUUGUUUACUUUAAAUGUUUUAUUAUUUACACUUUAUUGUAUUACUUUUUUUAUUUUCUCUUAAAUUCUCUACGAAGACACCAAAUAGAAUGUGUUAGUAGAGCUCGAUGGUAAUAGCCAACUAAAUAUACCUAUAUCCGUAAUGCAUGUUUUUAGACAAACGUUCUACAGUAGUUUGUGCUAGCUAGCUAGUGUGCAAACCUUUUCCUUGGAAAUGUUCUCCUCACAUAGUGGCACUAUUUGACCUGUACGAUUAUUGUGAAAGUUAGUGAGUGUUUUGACAUUGAAGCACUUAAUAUAGACAAUACAUGUGGUACAUUUAUCAAAGGUUUCAAGUUAAUAUCACGAGACCUUAACAGCUGAUUCUGUUAUAUAAAUGUGAGGAUAGUAUUUUUGUUUAUAUACAGAAGUCCAUAUGAAGAGGUCUACCCUUGAAUUCAUUUUGAAUAUAAUAUUAAAUGUUUUUUAUUCUUUUAACCUUUUGAUAUUUUAUCGUAAGACGAUGGCAGACCCCUUGAAGACAUCUAUAGUUAAAAUUCCUCCGUAGUUUAAACUUAAUCCCAGUAUUUUCUUAUGCAGAUACAGUAAUCCUUUGUUCAGACACAUUCAAUGUAGGAUUUAACAUAUUGCUGUUUAUCAGUUGGUACACUUGUUACAUUUGCCCAUUUUCAGAGGAUUUGAAGUAAAUGCAGGCUUUUGUUGUAAUGACACGUUAGCGUAAUCUGUGCUUCUGAGUGGAAUGAUAAAUGAUCUACGUCUAUAUAUGGAAUCCGGGAACUCAUUUUAAACACAACCGUGUAAUACUAUCUUACCAGUGGAUUGUGUUCAUGUGGAACGACUCAACUAAAGCACUGUUUCAAUUGACAUGUCAAAUCUCACCUGAUGUCAUUUCUGAUUUGAUAGUAGAUGGUCUGGAGAAGGAGUAGCGAAGACGGCACAGUAAAUGCGUCAACAUGUGACAUUUUCCAAUUUAAGACUAGCAGUGAUCCUUAUCAGGCCUCUUGUUACCUUUCCCUUAACAUUUACAGCAUUUCUCCAUAUCACUUCGAUGGAGGGCUUAUUUUUAGCACUUACCUCUAAUGCUUCUCUCAACCAUAUCUGGCAUAGCCUCUGUACACUGGCGUAUCACUUGUGUUAGAAUAGACUCAAUCCUGCACCUCUGUCUGUAGAUGUGAGAAGACAGAUUGUGUGCCCCUAUAGUUCCCAUGCCUCUUGAUUGUUCUAUACUGUAAAAAAACAAUGCAACUAAGUCUCCUAUGAGGCUUUGUCUACACAUACGUACGCAUCUAAUAUCUCUGAAAGCUGUGAUCCUGUACAAUCCUUUGACUCUGUAAAUGUUGUUAAAUAUAACUGUUGCCCUGUUUGUUUGUUUGUCCCCCCCCCCCCCAAAGGCCCAGGAUUGCAUUGUUUGGUUGUUCAAGUGAUCUCUUCUUUGGCCCAGAGCGUGUCUUACGCCCUUAGGUCAGGAUUGGUAACACUAUGUCAGUGGUAAUACAACUGUAGGUGGUUUCAAUUAAUAAAAUACUUUACUUAAUUGAA